AUGUCACUUUUCAUCCAUAUAUUGGCCUGCCUGUUUGGCAUGGGCUCCUGGGUGUCCAUCAAUGGACUAUGGGUAGAGCUGCCUCUCAUCGUGCCCCAGAUCCCAGAGGGUUGGUACCUGCCAUCCUACCUAUCCGUCCUCAUCCAGAUGGCCAACGUGGGGCCCCUGUUCAUCACCCUCAUGCACCGCUUCCGCCCCAGGGCGCUCAACGAGACAGUGGUCAUCUAUGUGAUCAUCUCCCUGGGCAUGGUGGCCAGCUUUCUCCUGGCCUUCUUCUGGAAGGAGACGCUGGUGGUGGUGGGCGUCCCACGCAGCGUGGCCCUCCUCCUCCUUACCUUCUUCCUCUCCACUGUGGACUGCACCUCCUCUGUCACCUUCCUGCCCUUCAUGAUGCGUCUGAAGCCCCAGUACCCUCACCACCUACUUCGUGGGGGAGGGUGUCAGUGGCCUGCUACCCGCCCUGGUAGCCCUGAUCCAGGGGGUGGGGGUGGUCCACUGUAACAACAGCACUCGGAUGAUAAAUGACACUGGCUCAGUUAGUGUUAGCUACGAACUGCAGGCCCAAUACCAGCCGGCCAACUUCUCAGCUGAGGUGUUCUUCUUCUUCCUCAGUGCCAUGAUGUUGGUGUGCCUGGGAGCCUUCAUCCUGCUGAACUACCACCCUGCCGUGGCCCGGGAACGCCCAAAUGCUCGCUACCCUAACGGGGUGCUGGAGAAAGGCGAGGCAGCUCAGAAGAACCCGACAGAGCAGAAGCCCAUGAUCAAACAGUCUGAUAUCAAGCCCAAAAGCAACUUUUGGACCGGGACGUACAGCUGGAUACAGGUGCUGUACAUGUUCUUCAUCCUGGCCUGGGUCAAUGGCCUGACUAACGUUGUGCUUCCCUCAGUGCAGUCCUACUCUUGUCUGCCCUAUGGAAACAGUGCCUACCACUUAUCAGCCACCAUGGCUGCAGUGUCCAACCCUCUAGCCUGCUUCAUUGCCAUGUUUUUCCCAGCAAGGUCAGUUUUGUUCAAAUGUAUUUCCAAUAAAUAUGAAUGAAUCGUUAUUUAAUUUACACAUUAUCAACUUAAUAUAUGUAGGCCUAUUUGUAGGCUUAUUUUGUGGCAAACAAAAUGGGACUUUUAUUCAACUGCACCUCCUAACCCACUAAUACUGAUAAUGUUACUGUCAUCCUUUCACAGGUCCUUAUUGCUGUUGGGGGCUCUCACGGUGGUUGGCAGUGGGGUUGGAGCCUACAUCAUAGGCAUGGCAGUGCUGAGUCCAUGUCCUCUGCUGGUCAACGAAACCUCAGGAACCUUCCUCAUUGUAAGUUUCCACAACAUAAAUUCAUAAUGUACAGUGUGGUCGGAAAUUAUUGACACCCUUGAUAAAGAUGCACAAUAAUGACUAUAAAAUAAAUAAUUCAAAUACUUAGUUACUGUAUAUUGUAGGCAAAAAAAAGGUUCAAAGAUCAUACCCCCAAGACGUUAAAUUAUAUGAGAAAAAAAUAUUCAAUUUUAUUUGGAACGGCAAGCCAGACAAAAUUAAAAGGGCAUAUUUAUAUAAUGAAUAUGAAUUCGGGGGACAGAAAUUAUUAAAUAUUAAAGCAUUAGAACUAUCACUAAAAGCUUCAGUCAUACAAAAGUUAUACUUAAAUCCGAACUGGUUCUCAAGCAAAUUAGUAAUAUUGUCUCACCCAAUGUUCAAGAAAGGCCUUUUUCCCUUUAUUCAGAUUACAACAACUCAUUUGCAGUUAUUUGAGAAGGAAAUCAUCUCCCAAAUAUCACUAUUUCUAAAACAAGCCAUAGAAAGUUGGUUGCAAUUUCAAUUUAAUCCUCCAGAAACGACAGAACAAAUAAUGCAACAAAUAUUGUGGUUAAAUUCAAAUAUACUAAUUGACAAAAAACCUUUAUUUUUUUGACAGAAUGUUUAAAAAAGGUAUAAUCUUCGUAAAUGAUAUCAUCGGUAGGACUGGUGGAGUUAUGUCACACAUGCAGCUAACAAAAACAUAUGGAAAUGUCUGCUCUACCCAAAAUUACAACCACAUUUUUGCAGCCUUACCGCAAAAGUGGAAGAGGAAAGUGGAAAGGGGAGAAAGUAAGGAACUUGUCUGUCGGCCUUGCAUUAAAUAACAUAAUUGGUUAAGGAAAACUGUGAUAAAUAAAAAAGUAUAUCAGUUUCACUUAAGGGCCAAAGGAUUGACAGCCGUCCCAUAUAGAUUGCAAAAUAGUUGGGAAGAGAUCUUUGACGUACCGAUCCCAUGGCAUAGUGUUUAUGAACUGACACGCAAAACGACACCGGAUUCAAAAAUUUGAAUCUUUCAAUUUAAAUUAUUAUAUAAAACCGGAUGGACAUCAUGAAAAUGAUCGGAGAGGUUGAGAGUAGAAGAAGUUCAGGAGCAAAAAAAAAAAUAAAAAUAUAUAUAAUAGAAUUAUUGUAAAAUGAACUGUGUCCAUAAGGUGUAGAUAGUAAGUAUAGACCGGAAGUAGAGGCCUGAGCAUUGUUGUUCACUAAUUUACUCCAAGUAGGGAAAGGAUGGCGGGGUUGAAAAGUAAUAAAGGGGAGUAUAUAUAUAAAAAACAUGGGGGAUUGGAAGUGAUGCAGACAAUUACAUUGAUAGAAGAUACAAUAUAUCUGCAAUAUUAAGCUGAUCCAUCCCCGCCCCCCCCCAAAAAAAAAAAUUUAAAUAAAAAAAUACAUGCUAACCUCCCCCCUCAUGCUGAGAGGUUAGCAUGUAUUGGGGGUGUGACCUUUGACAAUCUAACUUUCUCAUUGGUUAUUCACAAUUCAUUCAGGAUUAUCCGUAAUCAUGGUAACAUCCACAUUUAAUGUAGAAGUGUUUAUAUUCUAUUCCUAUUUACAAUAAAAGUGAAUCCAAAAUGACACAAUAUAUUAUUAACCAUUCAUUUCUAUUGGGCACAAAAUAGAACACAGCCAAAACUAACUGCAAAUAGAUCCAACAAGUGUGUAUAGUCACAAUUUUGAUGUAGUCAUUGCGUGCUAGGAAUAUGAGACCAAAUACUAAACUUUUGACUACUUUAUUUAUAAGAAUCUUUAAGGAUGUCAAUCAUUUUGACACCUACCUUUUGAGAAACAAAUGUAUUAAUUGUUAAACAAAAUCUCAUUCUCUGAGCAAUUGUAUUAGUAUAAAAUAUGAUAAUUUCCCCUUUAAAAAACAACAACCCAUAUAGCUCAGUAUGUGGAUUAUUUAUUUUAUACAGUCAUUAUUGCUCAUCUUUAUCAAGGGUGUCAAUCAUUUCGGACCCCACUGUAGUUAUAUGCUACAGAUGAAAGCAUAACAUAGAGGACUCUACAUCUCAUGGAAAUAAUUAUUACACAUACAGUAUAUUGUAAAGAUUACAAUGGAUUGAAUAAGUAAAUGUUAUACUUGUCCCUUCUCUCAGGUGGGCUCCUGGAUCCUCUUCGUCCUCACUUUGUCCUAUGUUAAGGUGAUCAUUGGAGUGAUCCUCCGUGAUGAGGGCCACAGUGCUCUCGUGUGGUGUGGAGCAGUGGUGCAGUUGGGCUCCUUGAUGGGUGCCGUCACCAUGUUUCCCUUGGUCAGUGUGUAUAGUUUAUUUUUAUCAGGAGACCCAUGUAACACAAAGUGCCCUUAAAUUAUGCUAAACAACGAUGAUCCAGGCAUAUUCUGAGAAAAACAUAUUUGAUUAAUUCCUCUGAAGCAUGUGUACUUUAUUAGUAAAAUGCAAUUGAACAACUAACCAGUGAGGUGAACAGAAUUCAGCCAACUCGUCAUAGUAAGUAUACCGUAUAUAAGGUUCAGGGUGAUUUACACCCUCCAAAUAUCUUGUCAUGGAACAUUGGUGCUAUUUGAUAAGCUACCAUCAGAGCCUCUUUUCACUUUACACUAGCAGCUUGUGGAUAGUAAAAUUAGGGGCUUUUGUCAGUGCAUGCAAAUAAUACCAGGCAGAGAGUAAGCACAUUCAUAGAGUAGCACAUACCAGGUAAAGAGAAAGAACAUUCAGCUUUCCGGAAGAUAAAAGCCUUUUUGUAGCAGACGCCAUUGAAUAAAUGGACUUGUGAUUAACUAUGUCAACUAUUAUGGUAGCCCUAAUCUAAUGUUGACAGAUCUAAUGUCUGACAGUUUGGAUUUUACAAGAGUUAUGGGGAGAGUCUUGAAUGGACCAUUCUCACAGUGGAUAAUCUUUCAUAGGAAUUCAGUGAUUAUGUAGCAAUUUUAACAUUUAACAUUUGGUCAUUUAGCACAGGGGUUCCCAAACUGUUUCACUCGGGGGCCCCCUUCCAGCAUUGGGGAAUAU